UUCGAAGUCGCCAUGUCCUGCUCGGGCUGCUCCGGCGCCCGUGUCGAGGGCAUUGACAAGUACGAGGUCUCUCUCGAGAAGCAGCGCGUCUCGGUCACCACCGACCUGCCCCGCGAGACCAUCUUCGAGGCCAUCAAGAAGACCGGCAAGCCCGUCAAGGACGCCCCCACCGCCUAAAAAGCGCUUUCUGACAUUAUUAGACCAAUACAAAAAUCCAGUCGUUACAGAUAGUG